UUUAUAACAUGGCUUUUUGGAGGUUAAAAAAUAAGAAAACUAUGGAUAAAGGAAAGGACAGUGAUCGGUCUAACCCAUCUAUCAACCUACAGACUGUGCCAACUUACAACGAGACCGAGUUUGGUAGUUCGCCAGUGACUGUGAACAACCAGAAGCCUAAUUUGAAUAUGACCAUAUAAAAUGUCUGAAUUCAUACAUUAACGAAUUAGUAAAGGAAAAUGAAAGGCUUCAAAACAUAGUUGAUGACACUAAGACCACUAAUCUUCUCAACAAGCAGAUGCUAAAUGACUACGCACAAAUUAUCAAUGAAAAGGAGGAAGAAAACAUAAAGUUACAGAACCAAUUAGAGAAUUGUCAGAAAGAAAUACAAGAGCUCAAAGAAAAUCAAGAGAUAAGUAAUGACAAGCUUUCUGAUAGAGAAAGUCAGAAAGAGAAUCAAGUAGAAAGGUUUUCCCAGCUCUUCAAUUCGGAUGAUUUUCACAAUGCUGAGAAACAAAAGAUCUUGAUCAAAAAGCUUAUGGAAAUGAUGAAGUUCUACGAGUCUUCAGAUGAUGAACCUGAACUCACGUCUAAAUAGGUUUCCCAGCUUAUUGAAAGAUGAAGAUCAGCAAGAUGAUCCUUUCAGCUCUAACGCUUUGGAUAACUCUGAGGAAUCUCAGGAUGACACAAACUCUCAGCCAGAGGAUCCUUUUGGUAAUAAUGCAUGUUUGGAGGAAGAAACAGAUGAGGUCUAGAACCUUAGGUUCACUCUAGAAACUUCUAAUUAUACUUGAGCUGCCAAGAAUAAAGAUACUGAGUCAUCUGCGAAGAAGCCCAUUGAGAGACACUUUA